UAGUCUGGGUCAUUUGAAUGGUAGUGUUAGGAUUGUAAGAAAAGGAACAUCAACAAAGAUACCACCACCAUUGUUUGUGCUUAAUAAUUGCUCUGCAAGAAGUGAAAUCCAAUUGGAAGAAGAUGGCCAUGGAUCAAGGGAACAACUUAGCAGCAGAAGUGGGUAAAACCCUAAAAGAAGGAGAGAGGAUUCUCGGCCCGACCCGACGACCCGACGGUACACUCCGAAAGCCCAUUAGAAUUAGGGCUGGCUAUGUUCCUCAAGAUGAAGUCGCUAUUUAUCAAUCCAAAGGUGCCCUUUGGAAGAAGGAGAUGGAGUCGCUUGAAGGAAUGCCGCCAGGUUGCGACCCAGCAUUGGAUGCUAAACCAAAGACCAAGUCUGCCAAAAGAAAUGAAAGGAAGAAGGAAAAGCGAAUACAACAGGCCGCUGUUGAUAAGAAUUUGAACAAUGACAAAGUUGCAUCUGGUGAUGAUGUAAUUAAAGUGCCAGCUGUUGAUGUGGUCACCUCGGAGUUGAAUGAUUUAAAUAUUGCUACAAAUUCUUCUGCAGCUAUUGCUCCGUCAAAUUCAGGAGAGCAUUUGGGUUCACAGGAUCCUGUUCCUGAUAUCGAUAAAAAAAUUCGAGCUUUAAGAAAGAAGUUACGCCUGGCAGAAGCCCUCAAGGAGAAAAAUGUUCAAGAACUAAAACCAGAACAAUUGGAAAAGCUGGCAAAGUUGGAGGACUGGUGCAAAGAGUUGAAGCUUCUGGAGGAAAAGAAAACUGAAUUAGCAGCAUUAUAAACUUUAGAUUGUGGUGUGUCGUGUCUGUCUAGCCUUCAGUCAUUGUAGUUUUGUGAUGAUUUGACAGUUCUUGUUGAAGUUAAACAUAGAAGUUAAUUUAUCAGGACAUGGUUCAUCAACCAGGAUUUAAACGGGUUAAACCCGCCUACUAGUGAAGCUUAAUACAGACACUGCUUGAUCA